CCUGUUUCAAACUGGGUUUAAGGAGAGUGGCCGCGGUUCCUAUGUGUUGCGAGUCUGACGUCAUCACGCAGCCGUGUUAUUUGGCAAGUUUAAGAAUCAUAGGUAGUUUAGAUAGUUAGUGUUAGGUUAUGUAGGGUGAGAGUUUCAUAAGACUAGAAACAGCAAGGAUUUAGUCAAAACCAACAAGCCACGGCCACAGAUCGGACUCGAAACACCAAGGAUUUAGUGAGAGCAUGUCGUCGCUCAUGAGUACUAUUGACGGGGAGUGCAACGGAAAGGAUAUAGAGGAUCAGGAUCAUCCCCGCGUGCUUAUCCCACAGCUCUGCAGACUCUUCUAUAAACUGGGAUGGGUGACUGGAACAGGGGGCGGAAUAAGCCUGCGGCAUGGUGAACACAUUUAUAUUGCUCCCUCUGGUGUGCAGAAGGAGAGGAUACAGCCAGAAGACUUAUUUGUGUGUGAUAUAGAUGAGAAGGACAUCAGCUGUCCACCACCACAGAAGAAGUUGAAGAAAAGCCAAUGCAUGCCCCUCUUCAUGAACGCAUACACUAUGAGAGGAGCUCAGGCAGUUAUCCAUACACACUCAAAAGCUGCUGUCAUGACAACUCUUAUGUUUCCUGGCAAGGAAUUCCGCAUCACACAUGAAGAGAUGAUCAAGGGGAUUCGAAAAGGAAACUCGGGCACAAACUACAGGUAUGAUGACACGUUAGUUGUUCCAAUUAUUGAGAACACACUGGAAGAGAAAGACCUGAAAGAACGCAUGGCUCGAGCCAUGGAGAUGUACCCUGACUCCUGUGCUGUCUUGGUCCGCAGACACGGGGUCUACGUUUGGGGAGAGACCUGGGAGAAAGCAAAAACCAUGUGUGAAUGUUAUGACUACUUAUUUGACAUAGCUGUUCAAAUGAAACGGUGUGGUCUGGACCCUUCAGCUCCUCCUACUGAAGCUAAAGGCAUUGUUUGACAUUAAAACCACUGCAAUCAACAGAAUAAAGUAAACAGUGUUGCUUCGGUAACAUAAUCUUACAGUACACACUACACACAAAACGAACCACAUCUGGACACAGACUGUUUAAAAAACAUAUGUACAGCAGUAUUGCAAUGUGCAGAUGCGUGCAAAGGGGAAAGUUCUGUUACCGUUUGCAAAAUUUGUUAUCUGCUUUUUUUUUUACUACCAAAAUACCUUCUUUUUGAAAAAGGGGGGUUGUCAUUUGAGAGAAAACAUUCACAAACCAGUUAAAUGAUGUUGUCUUUAAUGACCUUUACAACAAUUUAUCAUGUGGAGGUAAAGAACAGUUACCUGCAAACAAAAUUGGUCACCUGGCUUAUGGCUACAAUGCAAGUCCACAGCAAUUCUGCAUUAAGAAAUGAAAAUAAUAUUUGAACAUAAGGCAUAAAAAACGUAAAGUUUAAGUUUAAAACACGAGUUUAUUCGCAAAAACAGAUAACUCCAUUUUUAAAAAUGUCACAUUUUUGUGACGUUAACAUGUUUUAUCGUGUAACAACCCAACUACAGUAUGAUUGAUAUUACUUUUUUUUUUUAACUGAGUUAUCUGUUUUUGCAAAUGAACUCUUCACGUUUCAACAUAUGUUCCACAUAAGUAGCAUUGUUUGCCUGCUCUGUCUGUAUGAUCAUAUGAAUGGCUAAACUGAUCCUACACAAACAAAGACUGUAUAUGUGGUGAUUUAUUUAAUAAAUAAACAAUUGUUGUUUAAGUAU